GAUGGCGGACACGGACCUUUUCAUGGAAUGUGAGGAGGAGGAGCUGGAGCCGUGGCAGAAGAUCAGCGAUGUCAUCGAAGACUCCGUGGUGGAGGAUUACAAUUCCGUGGAUAAAACUGCCACAGGCGGGAACGCCGCGGUGCCGCCGGGGGGGCAGUCCCUGCUGCUGACCCAGAGCCCCACGCCCGCCCUGGGGGCCGUGGUGACCCAGCCCCUGCUGAGGCCCGUGCAGAUCAUGCAGAACGCCAACCACGUGCCCACCCCGCCCGUCACCAGCCAGCCCAUCUUCAUCACCACCCAGGGGUUCCCUGUGAGGAACGUGAGGCCCGUCCAGAACACCAUGAACCAGGUCGGGAUUGUGCUCAACGUCCAGCAAGGGCAGACGGUGAGACCCAUCACCCUCGUGCCAGCCCCAGGUACCCAGUUUGUCAAACCCGCCGUGGGGGUCCCCCAGGUGUUCUCCCAGGUGGCCCAGGUGAGGGCGGGGACGCCGCUGCCCGUCAGACCCGCCCCCAACACCUUCACCACGGUGAUCCCGGCCACGCUGACCCUGCGCAGCACUGUGCCCCAGGCACAGGCCCCCCAGCAGAUGAGCAUCGCCAGCUUCGUGACCGUCAAGAGGCCCGGCGUGACGGGGGAGAACAGCAACGAGGUGGCCAAGCUGGUGAACACCCUCAACACUGUCCCCUCCCUGGGGCAGAGCCCGGGCCCCCUCGUGGUGUCCAACAGCAGCCCCGGAUCCCAGAGAUCCAGCGUGUCGGAAUCCUCCUCCUCCUCCUCGUCGCUCAAAGUCAGCUCAUCCCCGAUUCCCACCUUCGACCUGCAAGACGGUGGCAGGAAGGUUUGCCCCCGGUGUGACGCCCAGUUCAGGGUCACCGAAGCUCUGAGGGGACACAUGUGUUACUGCUGCCCCGAGAUGGUGGAAUUCCUGAAGAAGAGGAAAUCCCUGGACUCGGAGCCCCCCCUGCAGUCCCCCAAACCCCCAUCCCCGGAGAAACCCCCGGCAGGAGCCCCCCCUGCCCCCUGCCCGGCGGUGCCAGCGCUGUCCCCGUGUGCCAAGGGCCCCGAGGGGGGCGAGGGGGGCCCGGACUCUGCCCAGAGCAAGCUCAUCAUGCUGGUGGAUGAUUUCUACUACGGCCGGGACGGGGGCAAGGGCGCCCAACUGCUGCCCUUCCCCAAGGUGCCCACGUCCUUCCGCUGCCCACACUGCACCAAGAGGCUCAAGAACAACAUCCGGUUCAUGAACCACAUGAAGCACCACGUGGAGCUGGACCAGCAGAACGGCGAGGUGGACGUGCACACCAUCUGCCAGCACUGCUACAGGCAGUUCUCCACCCCCUUCCAGCUCCAGUGCCACCUGGAGAACGUCCACAGCCCCUACGAGUCCACCACCAAGUGCAAGAUCUGCGAGUGGGCCUUUGAGAGCGAGCCCAUGUUCCUGCAGCACAUGAAGGACACCCACAAGCCAGGGGAGAUGCCCUACGUGUGCCAGGUGUGCCAGUACCGCUCCUCCCUCUACUCCGAGGUGGACAGUCAUUUCCGGAUGAUCCACGAGGACACCCGGCACCUGCUCUGCCCCUACUGCCUCAAGGUCUUCAAAAACGGGAAUGCUUUCCAGCAGCACUUCAUGAGGCACCAGAAGAAGAGUGUUUAUCACUGCAACAAGUGCAGGCUCCAGUUCCUCUUCGCCAAGGACAAAAUCGAGCACAAGCUGCAGCACCACAAAACCUUCCGGAAGCCCAAGCAGCUGGAAGGAUUAAAACCUGGAACCAAGGUGACAAUCAGGGCGUCCAGGGGACAGCCGCGGACGUUGCCGGUCUCCUCCAACGACAUGUCCCAGGGCAUGGGACAGGACACAGCUCCUCUGUCGUCAUCCUCAGACCCCCAGCCCAUCUUCCUGUACCCCCCUGUCCAGAGGAACGUCCAGAAGAGAGCGGUCAAAAAAAUGAGCGUCCUGGGCAGGCAGACGUGCCUGGAGUGCAGCUUUGAGAUCCCAGACUUCCCAAACCACUUCCCGACCUACGUGCACUGCUCCCUGUGUCGCUACAGCACCUGCUGCUCCCGGGCCUACGCCAACCACAUGAUCAACAACCACGUCCCUCGGAAGAGCCCGAAAUACUUGGCUUUGUUCAAGAACUACACGGCCUGCGGUGUGAAGCUCUCCUGCUCCUCCUGCCUCUUUGUCACCUCCGAGGGGGACUCCAUGGCCAAGCACUUGGUCUUCAACCCCUCCCACGAGUUCAGCAACAUCAUCCUCCAAGGGCCCACUUGGAUAUCACAUUCCAGGCACCUCCAAGCCCAGGACACGAGCCCGCAGCCCCCCUGCCCUCCCUGCUCCCCCGGCCAAGCCGCUACUGUGAAACCCCAGCCCGUGGCUCCUUCCCAAGGCCACCCAGAGCCCGAUCCCACCCCGGCAACCCCGGACAGACCCCUGGAGCAGCAGCCGGAGGAGAAGGAGGAGGAGGAAGAGGAAGAGGAGGAGGAGGAGGGCGCUGUGCAGGAGGAAGAGCAGCCCCCCAAGGAUCCUCUGGAGGCGGCGGGGGGUGCCCUGAGGAAGGAGCAGCUGUCGGUGAAGAAGCUGCGGGUGGUUCUGUUCGCCCUGUGCUCCGACCCCGAGCAGGCGGCCGAGCACUUCCGAAACCCCCCGCGCCGCGUCCGCCGCUGGCUGCGCCGCGCCCAGGCCUGCCAGGGGGAGAGCCUGGAGGGCAAGUACCUGAGCCUGGAGGCCGAGGAGAAGCUGGCAGAGUGGGUGCUGACGCAGCGGGAGCAGCAGCUGCCCGUCAACGAGGAGACCCUGUUCCAGAAGGCCACCAAGAUCGGGCGCUCGCUGGAGGGGGGGUUCAAGAUCUCCUACGAGUGGGCCGUGAGGUUCAUGCUGAGGCACCACCUGAGCACCCACACGCGCCGGGCCGUGGCGCAGCCGCUGCCCAAGGGCGUGGAGGACAGCGCCGGCUCCUUCAUCGAGUUCGUGCAGCGCCAGAUCCACACGCAGGACCUGCCGCUGGCCAUGAUCGCCGCCGUGGACGAGAUCUCGCUGUUCCUGGACGCCGAGGUGCUGGGCAGCGACGACCGGAAGGAGAACGCCCUGCAGACCGUGGGCAACGGCGAGCCCUGGUGCGACGUGGUGCUGGCCAUCCUGGCCGACGGCAGCGUGCUGCCCGCCCUGGUGUUCUACCGGGGCCGCGUGCGGGCGCCCGCCAGCGUGCCCGAGUCCGUCCUGCUGGAGGCCAGGGAGGGCGGCUACGGCGACGACGAGGUGAUGGAGCUGUGGGCGUCCCGCGUGUGGCGCGAGCACGCGGCGUGCCAGAGCGGCAAGGGCAUGCUGGUGCUGGACUGCCACCGGGGCCACCUCUCCGACGAGGUGCUGGCCGCCCUCAGCUCCGCCGGCACCCUGCCCGCCGUGGUGCCCGCCGGCUGCAGCUCCAAAAUCCAGCCCCUGGACGUUUGCGUCAAGAGGACCGUGAAAAACUUCUUGCACAAAAAGUGGAAGGAGCAGGCCAGGGAGAUGGCGGACUCCACGUGCGACUCGGACAUCCUCCUGCAGCUGGUCUUGUGCUGGUUGGCCGAGGCGCUGGAGGUGAUCGGGGACUCUCCCGAGCUGGUGCAGCAAUCCUUCCUGGUGGCCAGCGUCCUGCCCGGCCCCGACGGCACGGCCAACUCGCCGGCGCGCAACGGGGACAUGCAGGAGGAGCUCAUCGCCUCGCUGGAGGAGCAGCUCAAGCUGGGCCACGAGCCCCCCGAGGAGGGGGAGGAGGAG